AUGUCGCUGCUGCCAGUUACUCUACCACCUAGCGAGCUGAUACAGUCUCGGAGUGCCGAGGUCAUCGGAGCAUCAGUGCCAUUGUUAAUCCUACCCACCGCGGCUGUCGCCUUGAGAUUGCUGUCCAGAUGGAUCUCACGAGCCGGCUUCUGGUGGGAUGACCUUACCAUCGUACUGGCCUGCAUUCUCUGCUGGGGUCCCAACAUCGUCGACCUCGUCUCUCUACGUUAUGGUUUCGGACGACAUGUUGAAGUCCUCGGCCUGGGAGGGUCAUUCCGCUGGUUCAAAAUCCUCUACAGUUUCGAAUUCCUCUACACGCUCGCCAUGGCAUCGGUCAAAUACUCCAUCAUCCUCUUCCAAUACCGCAUCUUCCCCAUCGUCCAAUUCCGCCGCAUCCUCUCCUGGUGCACCUACUUCGUCGUGUGCCUCACCAUCAGCUGCGUCAUCGUUUCAGUCUUCCAAUGCGUACCCAUUCACGCUUUUUGGGACACCCUGGCUGGCACACUCGCUCCCGAAUUGGGUGGAAGGUGUAUUGACGUGGAGCUAUACUUCCUCAUUUCCGGGUCCCUCAAUGCCGCCACGGACUUUGGGCUUUUGGCUUUGCCGAUACCCAUUCUCUGGCGUCUCAGAACUAGCCAGCCGCAGAAACUCAUCUUGACCGGAAUCUUCACCGUGGGCCUCGCUGUCUGCGCCGUCAGCGUAACCCGCCUCAUCAUGCUCCACCAGUACGGCAAACGGUACUACGUCCCCAUCGCCGUCUGGACCGCCGCCGAACCCUCCAUAGCCGUCGUAUCCGCGUGCCUGCCCUCCCUGCGCCCCCUCUUCGUCCGUGUCGUCUGGGGCGGGGCCCACCGCCCCAAACCCCCCACCUACCCCUCCACCUCGCGCUACGGCUCCAACUCGCUGCGCAAAUCCCCCUACGGCGACGGCUCCUUCAACCGCUUGCAAGAAUCCGAUCGAUCCGGGAACCAUGGCUCACCGUGGACGAACCACAACGUGAACGUCUACGGCGGAAGGCGAUCGGGGGAUGCGGAGAGCGACGAGUUUGAACUGGGGAACCAGGCGCAUUUCGAGACGCCGAUGAACAGGAUCAGGGCGAAGACGACGGUCGUGCUGACCAUUAGCGAGAGGGUGGACUUUCAGGACGAUCUGUUUUGA